AUGAGUUUUGUCAGAAGGCUAUGGAAUGUUGGUAGAAGAUCAAUACAUUACAAGGAGAACCCUAAGAAUUAUCCUGAUAUCCAUAUAAAUGAUGUUAUACUUGACAAACCAAGAUACGGAUUCAGAAGACAAAGACCGCUGUUACUUUCAGAGUCAGUGCGUGACACUUUGUUCGUCACAGAAAGAAUUAAAGAAAUUUAUGAAAAAGAGGGUAAGCCUGUUCCGAUUAAGUACAGAUCAGACAGUGAUGCAAUUGCAAGAAGAAAUUAUGAGAAGUACCAAGAAGAAGUAGCGACAGGUCAACCACAUUUCAAGUUAGGAGAAAAGAGAAUAUUUUUACCUAAAGCCCGCAUAUGUUUGCUUCGUCCUAAUGCUAAACACACGCCUUAUCAAGCUAAAUUUUUAGUUCCAAGAAAUUUUAAUAAAAUGGAUUUGAGAGAUUAUUUGUGGCAUGUGUAUGGUUUGAGAGCAUUGAACGUUACCGUUCAAUUGUUGCACGCAAGAUUUACUAGGGGACCCGAUGACCAUGCUCGUUACAGGGGUCCUCAGUACAAGAAAAUGACAAUUGACAUGGAGGAGCCUUUUUUUUGGCCAGAGGUUCCUGACAGUAUCGUCAAGCAAGCAGAAGAUCAGCAAGAAAAUCAAAUCAAAGCACUCAGUAGUAGGAAUUCCUAUGGCUCUGAUAAACAAAAACCGAGUGAUGCAUUUGAUGGAUUAUAUAAGAAGCCAACUUUACCUGACUCGUUCAUUCCAUCCCGUGCUAGAGAGGAAGGUGAAAUGAGAAUCAGAAAAUUGAAACAAAGAAAUGAGUCUAAAUCAGAAAGAGAAAUGGUGUCUGAGUUCUUAGGACUUUAA